AUGUCGACCGGGGAAACAAACCACACUGCUUCACGAAGCGGCAAAGAAACAACUGCGCAGGCUGCCCCCAGCAAGCCAACGCUGCCCCCGAACGUCUCAAUCUUCUCCCCGGCGGACCCCAGCGCGUCCAAAGCCGUGCUGAACGGCCGUGUCUUCUCACGCCUGACGACCAGCUCGCAGACCGAGCCGUCACAGCUCGCCACAGCCCUGAAGACCAGCGCCGGGGUCAGCGAGACCUUCUGCCUCAGCCACGGGGCCGCGGUACUAGUGUUCGACGCGGAGCAGCCCGGCGUGGACCUCAAAGACAGCCACCACGACCACGUACGGGCUGUUUGCUUGGCGCUCAAGGACGCCGACAUCAGCCUCAGCAUCUCGGGCUGCGUCUUUGAUGCGACCGACGUACUAAAGGCGGGCUUCCAGCUUGAUGAACUGAGCCGCGGUGCCGUGAUGGUUGUCGACUUGAUGCAUGAGGACGAUGACGACUCGGGGUCGGAUUCAGGCGAUGACGAGGAUGCUGAAGCGAUCUUGAUGGGUGGUGACUCUGGGGAGGUGGUUUCCUAG